AGCACCUCAGCGACUUUCUUUCUACGGACUGUUUUUCUGAAGGUCCUGACAAUGGAAUAUCAAUUUUUGUUGUAUUACUUUUCAACUAAUCACAAUGUAAAAUCGUCAACGUUUACAUUCUGUCAUUUCAGUAACUGGACUACCAUGACGUUUCGUGGAGUUUUCUCCCGUGUAGAAAGGAACUCUUCAAUUGCCUGACGAGUUUUUGACCAGGAUGGCGGCAACUAAGGAAGCCAUUGGAAUUGUUCUGGAUGUGGGUCCCUCUAUGAAUCAGGCUCCUCCAGGGGAGGAAACUCCUUUGCAGACGGCCAUUGCAGCAAUCACAAUGAUACUGCAGAGGAAGAUGUUUGCUGAGUCCAAAGAUGAGGUUUGCCUGGUGCUGUUUGGGACACAGAAUACUGACAACCCAUUGGCUAACGGAGAUUGCUAUGAGAACAUUGUUGUGGCGCGAACUCUGGGCAUUGCCGACUUUGACCUCUUACAGAUGGUACAAAAUGAUAUCACAACCAGCAAUGUCUCAGCAGACUUUGUGGAUGCUCUGAUUGUGGCAUUGGACCAGGUCAUCAAUGGCAUGCAAGGAAAGCGAGGAUUUGCUCACAAACGCCUCAUCUUGUUUUCUGAUCUUGGAGGAGAAUUUGGGGACGAUCAGAUUGAGAAGAUUAUAGCAGGGAUUCGAAACACUCAGACCGAGCUGAAUAUCAUUGGCCCAGACUUUGAUGAUGAUGGUGAUGAUGGAGACGCUGGCGGAGCAUCCGUCGCUGUGGUGAACGGUCAGCGUAAAGAGAAAACACCGCAGCAGAAGGUAGGAGAGAAGAUGGUCAAGCAUAUACUGGAGGAAGUGAAUGGAGAGUGUUACUCAUUCAAUGAGGCUUUACCAGCCCUGAGUUACUUCCAGGCUCGUCAGGUUCGUCCCACCGCCUGGAAAUGUAACCUGGAGAUAGGUCCCAAUCUGAAGAUCCCCAUCUGUGGCUACAUCAAGGUAAAAGAUUUCAAGUUAAAGCAAAGUUGGAAAAAGGUGUAUGCCAAAGACCCGCAGGCUGACGUGGGAUUGCUGAGGACGUCCCAUAUGAAUGAUGAAGAAGAAACAGAGGUGGAGAAAGAGGACAUAGUAGAAGGCUAUCGCUAUGGCAACACCCUGGUUCCAAUGUCUUCUGAUGACAAGGAGAGCAUGAAGUACAAAUCCUCAAAGUGCUUCAAAGUGUUGGGGUUUACGAAGUCAGACAAUAUUAAACGCCAUCAUUACAUGGGAGACGGUGUUUCCAUGGUGGUAGCUGACAAAGGAGAUGAUGCUGCAGGUGUUGCCUUGUCUUCGCUCAUCAAUGCCCUCUAUGAGACAAACAUGGUGGCGAUAGUCCGCCGCGUCUACAUGGCCAACUCUGCUCCAAAACUGGGCUUUCUCUCGCCUAAGAUUAAAGGAAGUUACGAGUGUCUGAUGUAUACAGAGUUGCCUUUCAUGGAGGACAUCAGACAGUUCACAUUUGGAUCACUACCAGUCAAAGAAACAGAAAACCAGACCAACAAAAAAUAUUCCCCAUCAGCUGAGCAGUUGAGAGCUAUCGAUGACCUCAUCACUUCGAUGGAUCUCACUGCAGAAGAUGAAGAUGGAGAGAAAAAUGAAUUGCUAAAACCAAAUCUCUUAUUUAAUCCUCAUUUCCAACGUCUCUACCAGUGCCUUCAACACAGAGUCCUUAAUCCCGACGACCCCUUACCAGAGUUAUCCCCCCUAGUUGCUAACUACCUCAAACCUCCCCAGGAGGUGAUCACGAAGUGCCAGGACAACGUGGAAAAAGUCAAAACGCUCUUCAAGCUGGAGGUCAACACAAAGAAAAAGGAAGAACAGACAGGAGAAAAUAUGUUCAAACAGAAUGAUGAAGUAGAACCCGGGCCUGUGUCAAAACGGGCAAAGCUUGAUGACAGCUUGGAGGGUGGAAUUGCAGACCUUACCAAGGCCAAGGUCACUGAGGUGGGCUCAGUUACACCUGUGGAAGACUUCAGAACUCUCAUCGCAAGUAAAGAUGAAGAUUUGUUUGAGAAAGCGUGUGAUCAGAUGAGCAAGAGAGCUGAGGAGAUCGUCCUGGAUUCAUUUGGUGCUCACUUUUAUGGGAAGGCAAUGGAUUGUCUGAAGGCACUGAGACAGGAGUGUAUAAAGGUACAGUGGUGGAAUUUGGGGUCCAGUCAUGGAUUGUCUGAAGGCACUGAGACAGGAGUGUAUAAAGGUACAGUGGUGGGAUUUGGGGUCCAGUCAUGGAUUGUCUGA